AUGGCACGCCUAUCCGGUCUUCAGCGCGAGGUCUUGUCUCUCUAUCGCAAAUGUCUUCGCGAAACACGAAAGAAGCCUGCUNNGACGUCAGGCCGAACUUCCUGCAAUUCACUCGAAUUUCGUCAACAUCAAAAUUAUGACAAGAAGGACUUUGGAGCCAUCGAGUACAUGCUUCGUAAAGGCCAGCGUCAACUGGAGAUAUACUCAUCCCCUGGUAUCCGAAAUGUCAUGAAGUAA